GUAAUCUGAAGGAAAAUGAUCCAACGGCAUCAUGUGACCUAGCCAGGUUUCUUUGUCUUCUGCCUUGUCUCACCGACCUGACGAUGAGGGAGUCUGACCAUAUAUGGCUACGUGAUGAUUUCUAUCAUGAGCUUGCUCGUCUUGCUUCUUCCUCAAAGAUUGAAAAGCUCUUUAUAGAUGGCUGUAAUCUGAAGGAAAAUGAUCCAACGGCAUCAUGUGACCUAGCCAGGUUUCUUUGUCUUCUGCCUUGUCUCACCGACCUGACGAUGAUGGAGUCUGACCAUAUAUGGCUACGUGAUGAUUUCUACCAUGAGCUUGCUCGUCUUGCUUCUUCCUCAAAGAUUGAAAAGCUCUUUAUAGAUGGCUGUAAUCUGAAGGAAAAUGAUCCAACGGCAUCACGUGACCUAGCCAGGUUUCUUUGUCUUCUGCCUUGUCUCACCAACCUGACGAUGAUGGAGUCUGACCAUAUAUGGCUACACGAUGAUUUCUAUCAUGAGCUUGCUCGUCUUGCUUCUUCCUCAAAGAUUGAAAAGCUCUUUAUAGAUGGCUGUAAUCUGAAGGAAAAUGACCCAACGGCAUCACGUGACCUAGCCAGGUUUCUUUGUCUUCUGCCUUGUCUCACCGACCUGACGAUGAUGGAGUCUGACCAUAUAUGGCUACGUGAUGAUUUCUACCAUGAGCUUGCUCGUCUUGCUUCUUCCUCAAUGAUUGAAAAGCUCUUUAUAGAUGGCUGUAAUCUGAAGGAAAAUGAUCCAACGGCAUCAUGUGACCUAGCCAGGUUUCUUUGUCUUCUGCCUUGUCUCACCGACCUGACGAUGAUGGAGUCUGACCAUAUAUGGCUACGUGAUGAUUUCUACCAUGAGCUUGCUCGUCUUGCUUCUUCCUCAAAGAUUGAAAAGCUCUUUAUAGAUGGCUGUAAUCUGAAGGAAAAUGAUCCAACGGCAUCACGUGACCUAGCCAGGUUUCUUUGUCUUCUGCCUUGUCUCACCAACCUGACGAUGAUGGAGUCUGACCAUAUAUGGCUACACGAUGAUUUCUAUCAUGAGCUUGCUCGUCUUGCUUCUUCCUCAAAGAUUGAAAAGCUCUUUAUAGAUGGCUGUAAUCUGAAGGAAAAUGACCCAACGGCAUCACGUGACCUAGCCAGGUUUCUUUGUCUUCUGCCUUGUCUCACCGACCUGACGAUGAUGGAGUCUGACCAUAUAUGGCUACGUGAUGAUUUCUACCAUGAGCUUGCUCGUCUUGCUUCUUCCUCAAAGAUUGAAAAGCUCUUUAUAGAUGGCUGUAAUCUGAAGGAAAAUGAUCCAACGGCAUCACGUGACCUAGCCAGGUUUCUUUGUCUUCUGCCUUGUCUCACCGACCUGACGAUGAUGGAGUCUGACCAUAUAUGGCUACGUGAUGAUUUCUACCAUGAGCUUGCUCGUCUUGCUUCUUCCUCAAAGAUUGGAAAGCUUUGUAUAGAUGGCUGUAAUCUGAAGGAAAAUGAUCGAACGGCAUCACGUGACCUAGCCAAGUUUCUUUGUCUUCUGCCUUGUCUCACUGACCUGACGAUGAGUGAUUCUGACCAUCUAAGGCUAAAUGAUGAUUUCUACCAUGAGCUUGCUCGUCUUGCUUCUUCCUCAAAGAUAACACCCCGUCCAACAAGUAAAGCCCUUCAAGGGUUUGUGCAGCACUCAAGUCAGAAGGCAGUGAUUGUUGAAGAGUCUGUGCAGCACUCGGGUCAGAAGGCAGUGAUUGUGGCAGAGACCGACCAAAAUGGAAGCUCUGCAAAUGGCAUUUUUGGAGCCCUUGGAGGAGAGCUGUCUUCAGAAUCCCAUGGGUUUACACUCCACAUUCCACCCGGUGCCCUUGAAGAAGAUCAGAAAAUCAGUCUUGGGGUACUGACCAAGAUUCCAAAUGGCCUCACACUGAAAGACGACGAGGUUCUUAAUGAUGCCCAUGCAUUAACGGGAAGCAGUUUCUCACAUCCAGUCAAGGACGAGGACGAUUAUGUUGUGUUUCGGCGGAGCACCCUAACAGUCUCUUGCCAGCUUGGUGAGACGAGUCCCGAGACAGAUUCUCGUCAGGCCAUUCAGCACAGCGAUUUGAGUUCGAAAACGAAAGAGAUAAAGUACUUUCCACUCAAUCUAACCGAGAGGAGUGAUGAGACAUUAGUGACGCUUAGCUUGGUUCAAACCACUACACAGAUGAUCAAAUUCAACACACAUUUCCAAGGAAUAACCGAAUCUCCGAAACCGGCGGCAUCCACAUCAGUCGACAUUGCUCCUCAAGAUGCAUCAGCAGCAGCUGGUGAGGUUUAUACAUCUCGAGCCAGAGCUCUGAGUUUCGAAGAGCAACAUGAAGAUGAAGAUGACGAGGGACAGAUGAUAGAGUCCGUUCACCAUUUUCCUCAACCGAGCGCCAGUCAGGAUGAAACUCAGGUUCAAAAUCUUGAAAGCAGAGAGGAUUCGAUUGAUGAUGCCGGCAUGACUCGGCUUGAGAAGCAUGGUAUUGAAGUAAGAAUUCCACCCAAUGAAGCUUAUAGAACGAAUGACAUCACUGUCGAACCAAUCCAUGACAUUCCACCUGAGUUGGUGUUGAAGGAAACAGAAGCAAUCAUUACCUUCGGUCUGAGAAUGUCGCCCUCAAAUGCAACCUUUGACAAUCCGGUUCGGAUAACGAUGCCCCAUUGUGGUAUAUUCACAAAGCCAGAGGCUGCGGAAGUCGUCACUUAUUAUCGCAAGAGUGCUUCUGAAAGUUUUACAGCGAUUCCUUCUACCAACGGAAGCCUACGAUGUGUUGUAAGACACCACGACCUAGAUGUCUACAUGCACCACUUCUCUGAAAUUUGGAUCGUAGCUUUAAUCAAAUGGGUAUUCAUCGGAAAACGUGUUAUUUGUACACCAUACAUCCCAGUGUCAACUCCGAGAUAUGCUAAUCACGUGUUGUUUGUCCAUGUGAGGAAUGGAAACAUUACAGAAAAGACUCUACAGGAAAGUGAGAUUCGCCAUCUGACUGAGCACAAAGUGAUGUUCACAGUGGAUACCCGAACCACUGAUGUGAAUGAAGUGAUAUUAAACUUCAUCUUAAAACAAAGCACAAAAAAGCAGAUCAUUGUUACAAUGUUCUUAGAAGAAAAAAGCGAGACAUCACAAGGAAAAACAGACCCCGCAUCCCCGAGACCGUCGGCAUCCACAUCAGUCGACAUUCAUCCUCAAGGCGCAGCAGCAGCAGCCGGCAGCGGUGAAGUCUAUACUUCUAAAGCUAAAUCUUCCGAGGAAUUCAGGGAACGGGGGUUUGACGAAAUUCUCGAGAAAGUAGCUGAGCAGAUUUACAAGAAUGCUGAGAUCAACAAACUGGGCAGGGAAUUGGAUUUUGGACCUCCUGAAAUACAACGUUACAUACAAACGAACGAAAAAUACCAAAACGUCACAUACAUGGGAACACUAAGUAUGCUCCGUGAUUGGAGGAACAGGACUUCAAGGUCCGGAGAACGUGAACAAUUGAAGAAAGCCCUGAUCGCAAUUAAUCACCAUCGUCUGGCAGACAACCUCCUGAACGACGAAAAGGCAAGUCCAUCUGCAGUAACGAGAGAUCAUCUACAACCAAAAGGGGAAGGCAUCCCAAAUAAUCCUAAGCCUGACUCUACCGAUGAAGAUGACACAAGAGGGGACAUCCAAUCAAAGAGCCAAGGUUCCAAGGAGGAAGGUCUGCUUGGACAGCCAAGGAAGAGCAAAAAGAAGACAAACCGACAGACUGACUCUACCGAUGAAGAUGACACAAGAGGGGACAACCAAUCAAAGAGCCAAGGUUCCGAGGAGGAAGGUCUGCUUGGACAGCCAAGGAAGAGCAAAAAGAAGACAAACCGACAGACCGACUCUACCGAUGAAGAUGACAUAGGAGUGGACAACAAAUCAAGGAGCCAUAGUUCUGAGAAUGACGGUCUGCUUGGACCUCCAAGGGAGACAAAAAAAGAAGACAAGCCGUAAGACUGACUCUAUCGAUGAAGAUGACACAAAAGGGGACAACCAAUCAAAGAGCCAUGGUUCCGAAGAUGACGGUCUGCUUAGACCUCCAAAGGAGACAAAAAAGAAGACAAACCGUAAGACGCCAUGUCGUUGCUGUGCCUUAUGUUAGAUCGAAAGUUGAUUUAUGGGAAAGGCAUAGAAUAAGUUGUGAGUUGACUUCAUUCUUCUCUUUUGAAAGUUGGGAAAUUCACCACGGAAAAGGAUACCCUGAGAAAAUGGAUCACUAAAUGUUCUCUCAUAGUCGAUAUAAUUAUAUGUUAAUACAAAUCUCGGACAUAAUUUCAUACCACAUUUUUAUGUAGUCCCAUACAUCCAUAUCUGAGUACGGUCCAUGUGGCUUUCAGCAAGACUAAGUCAAAAUGUUCUUAUUGAUAUGAUGAUCCCAAACCUCACUAUAUACGGUAAUGUGCAGCAUAACCUUUCCAAUAGCUUGCGGUCAUUUCCUUUGACGAUGUAAUCGUAUAACAAUAACCCACCUCCAUCUGUAAGCGAUUGUUGUAGGUUGACGAAUAUCAUUAUAUUACAGAAAGAGAAUGGAAAGAAAUAUUUGUAAUGUGUGAAAUAUCUAUACAAGAUAUGGUGCAAUAAAUGAGUCUUUCAGCGUGCGUGUAUAUAUGCAAUAUGCAUGUUUAUACAUGUGAAAUAUUAGUGUGCUACCCAAAUAUAGAAGCCGAACAAAGUGUGCAGCAAAUUAAUGAACAGUUGUUGGCAUGGGAUAAACUCAAUAAACAUUAUAUUGUGGACAUACAUAAGCGUUGAAUAUAGUUAUUUCUUAUUUGCUCUACACUGGUCAGAACAAAUGAACGUAAAGUUGUUUUUACAUUUAUAUAUAGAUUGUAAUAUUGGCGUUAAAUUAUGUUAAUUUGAUGUUCUACCCGUUGAGUCUGUUUUCUCUCAUGUUCUAACGGCACAUGUCGGUGCGAUCUUUAGAGUUAUUUUUGUUACCAUUUUACUGAUUAAACAUGUUUCAUGUACAGCUUUGCUUGCAUUUAAUGCACUAUUUACGUUAAUUGAUGUACAUG